UUUUCUGAUGAUGAAAUAUUACUUAUCGCAAUAGCAAUUGAUCCAAGGUGCAAAAAUUAUAAAUAUAAGAAUGCUAUAUUAACAUGCCAAAAUUGUCUUAAAUUAGAAUAUAACCAAAUGGUAAUUGAUGAAAAUUUGGAAUUAUUAUCAAAUGAAGCAAUACUUGAUUUAUCUGAAUCAUUUAUAUCAACAGUUUUUACUGCAGCAGCUCACAAAAAUACUCUUUCAAGAUUGGCAGGUCUUGCCUGCAAAUACCUUGCGAUCCCAGCCACCUCCGUCCUCUGUGAGCAUCUCUUUUCACAAUGUGAAAAUGUAAUGACUAAAAAAAGGACUCAGUUAACACCACAAAUAUUCA